UAAUUAAUAUUAGAGUAGGUAGUCCAGAGUUCGUAAUUGGCUCACACACCAACGGCGUGACAAACUCCUAUAAAAGAAGGACCGAAGGAGGAGGAGGAGGGACUAGAGAUUGAGACGUCCCCGCAACUCUCCGCGCCUUGGCAACUUCUGUUGAGAUUCAAGGCGAGUUGUAGAAGAAGAAGAAGAAGAAGAAGAAGCAUCUGCAAUUGUGGGAGGAAGCCCAAAAUGGGGAGGAUAUUUACGCUCGAUCUGGAAGGAAACGUCUACAGCUGCAAGUACUGCCACACUCAUCUCGCCCUUUUCGAAGAUAUCCUUUCCAAGAGAUUCCUUUGCAAGCAUGGAGAAGCUUACCUCUUCGAUAAGGUGUAAGUAUUUCUCGCUUGAAAAUGUGCAGCUGAAAUUGAUUGAAACGUGGGAAUGCGUUGUCAUUACCUGGCACUGGCAUUAGCUAGGUCGUAUGCAACUUGUCAUUGAUUUCCAUGUUUGCGAUUACAGUUCCUAGCAUAAUGGUUAGUUGGUUUGUCCAUGAUGACAGUGUGAAUGUCAUGGUUGGGGAGAAAGAAGAGCGAAACAUGCUCACUGGAAUGCACACUGUCGUAGAUAUUUUUUGCGUUGGUUGUGGCUCAAUCGUAGGCUGGAAAUAUGAAGCUGCACAUGAGGAGUCCCAACAGUACAAAGUAGGCAAAUUCAUCCUGGAGAGGUGGCAAUUGCUACCCUGAAACUACCCCUUGAUAGUUUCAAGUGCUGGGCCCGAAUACUUGGAGCCAUGAUGAUGGAAGCGAUGUCGAAGAUUGAUGGUUGAGUGGUGGAAGUUGCUUUGGGUCGUUAGGUUUUAGAUACUUUUUCCACAACAUCUCACUGUUCUUAGCAGAAUUUUGGCCUAAGCGGCAUGAGUAGAAAGAUAGGGAUUUGAGACAUAAUAUACCACAUCCAAAGUAAUCAUGAUAAUCUUAAGUUUAUGUAGGAGGUUCUUCCUUCUGUUCGGAUAUAGGAAGUGUUAUUAUUCAAGUCUUGUUAUUCAGGAAGUAUGAUUAGUAUUACCUCUUGUGUUUCUUUCUUUCUUUCUUUCUUUCUUUCCCAUGUAUAUGAAUGUGGCAUCGGAAUCGGAUAGAUUAAUACAACGCUAGUAAGUAAUUUGAGUUUGGGAGUUGGAGAAGAGGCCCUAUUGAAGGGUUUUGAUCAUUUUUUUCGAAUCGGAUACAUUAAUACAAUGCUAGCAAGUAAUUUGAGUUUGGGAGUUGGAGAAGAGGCCCUAUUGAAGGGUUUUGAUCAUUUUUUUCGAAUCGGAUACAUUAAUACAAUGCUAGCAAGUAAUUUGA